AUGGCCUCUCAGCUUCCUGGGCUGGCAGAAGAGUCUGGCCUGAGCCCUGGGGAGUCUGAACUGGCUGUGAACCCCUUUGACGGGCUCCCCUUCUCUUCUCGUUACUACGAACUGCUUGAGCAGCGCCGAGCCUUGCCCAUCUGGGCUGCUCGCUUUAUCUUCUUGGAGCAAUUGGAGAGUAGCCCCAGUGGAGUUGUGCUGGUGUCUGGAGAGCCUGGCUCUGGCAAGAGCACCCAGAUCCCUCAGUGGUGUGCAGAAUUUGCGCUGGCCAGGGGGUUCCAGAAGGGCCGGGUAACUGUUACUCAGCCCUACCCUCUGGCAGCCCUGAGCCUGGCCCUGCAGGUUGCUGAUGAGAUGGACCUGACCCUGGGUCAUGAGGUUGGCUACAGCAUCCCCCAGGAGGACUGCACCGGGCCCCAUACCCUGCUCAGGUUUUGCUGGGACAGGCUGCUUCUUCAGGAGUUGGCCUCGACCCGGGGCACUGGAGCUUGGGAUGUGCUGGUGCUGGAUGAGGCUCAGGAGCGGUCAGUGGCUUCAGAUUUGCUCCAGGGGUUGCUGCGAGAUGCCAAGCUGGGAAACCUUCCACAGGACCCCAGAGUGGUUGUGGUUACUGACCCAGCCCUUGAACCUAAGCUCCAAGCCUUCUGGGACAAUCCUCCUAUUGUACAUGUACCCAGAGGGCUUGGUAGGUGUCCUACUCCCAUCUAUAUGGACACUGUCCCUGCUGAUCGAGUGGAAGCUGCCUGCCAGGCUGUGCUUGAAUUGUGUCGAAAGGAAGCUCCAGGAGAUGUGCUAGUGUACCUGCCCAGUGAGGAGGAAAUUUCCCUGUGCUGUGAAUCCUUGUCCAGGGAGGUAGGGGCCUUGGCUACCCAAGGGCCUCCGCCACGGGUGCUGCCCCUUCACCCAGGCCAUGGUCAAGCUGUUCAGGCUGUGUAUGAGGACACAGACUCGGGUGCCCGCAAGGUUGUGGUCACUCACUGGCUGGCUGACUUCUCCUUCUCCCUCCCUUCCAUUCGCCAUGUCAUUGACUCAGGACUGGAGCUUCGAAGUGUGUACAGUCCUCAGAUCCGAGCAGAAUCCCAGGUGUUGAGGCCAAUCAGCAAGUGUCAGGCAGAGGCAAGACAACUGCGGGCAAGAGGGACCCCCCCAGGAUCCUGCCUCUGUCUGUAUCCUAAGUCCUUCCAAGAACUGGAAGCUCCCCCACUGCCCCAACCCAGAGUAUGUGAGGAGAAUCUGAGCCCCCUCGUGUUACUGCUGAAAAGGAGACAGAUUGCAGAGCCAGGGGAGUGUCACUUCCUGGACCGGCCUGCUCCAGAAGCACUGAUGCAGGCCCUGGAGGACUUGGACUAUCUGGCAGCCCUGGAUGAUAACGGGGACCUGUCAGACCUGGGUGUCAUCCUGUCAGAGUUCCCUCUGCCCCCUGAGUUGGCCAAAGCCCUGCUGGCCUCGUGCGAGUUUGGCUGUGUGGAUGAGAUGCUCACUCUCGCUGCCAUGCUCACCGCUGCUCCUGGGUUUACCCAUCCUCCACUCUGUGCAGAAGAAGCUGCCUUACGCCGGGCCCUGGAACAUGCAGAUGGUGAUCACAGUUCUCUGAUCCAAGUGUAUGAAGCCUUUAUACAGAAUGGAGAAGACAAGGCUUGGUGCGAGGCCCGGGGCCUAAACUGGGCAGCACUGUGCCAAGCCCAGAAACUUCGAGGAGAACUCCUAGAACUUAUGCAACGAAUUGAACUUCCUGUGUCCCAACCAGCCUUUGGCUCUGAGAAGAAUCGCAGAGACCUUCAAAAAGCACUGGUGUCUGGAUACUUCCUUAAGGUGGCCCAAGACACAGAUGGGACUGGAAACUACCUGCUCCUAACCCAUAAGCAUGUGGCCCAGCUCUCCCCAUACUGCUGCUACCGAAGCCGCCGGGCUCCAGCCAGGCCCCCACCAUGGGUGCUUUACCACAAUUUCUCCAUUUCCAAAGACAACUGCCUUUCCAUUGUUUCUGAGGUUCAGCCACAGAUGCUGGUGGAGUUGGCCCCUCCAUACUUCCUGAGUAACCUGCCCCCCAGUGAAAGCAGAGACUUCCUGAACCAGCUGCGGGAAGAAAUGGCCGAUUCUUCAACAGAGAAUGAAUCCUCUUCCGCCCAAGAGUUUGGAGAUGUCUGUGUCCUCCAGUGACCUGCCUAAGGGAUGGAGCAGAACUUAUCCCAUUGCAGUCAGGCCUCCCUCUGUCUAGCACCAAGGCCACCAGCCAGAUUUAGAAGCCAAAAGUUUAGGGUUGAAUAUAAAUCUUAGAACC